GAGCUGGGAGGGGCUAAGGCACCAUGCACGACCAUGGUGGGGGUGGAGGUGCAGGCAGCAAACAAUAUUUAAGAUGCUGAGUUUGCAGAGCAUUCAGACUUGGGAAGGAAAGCCAUGGGAUGCCCAAUUAAGCUGCACUUUCAGAAACUCAAGUUUUGAGAAAGGCUAAGAGAGAGCAAGGAGAGAGAGAAAACAACAAAGUGGGAAGUCCACCAAGAGUGAAAGUGGUAGGUUAGAAUCUGCGGCAGCUCUGCAAGCCUCAGCCGGGCAUAUCCAGAUUCCCCCAAAGGAAGAUCCUUCCUCACCCAGGGCCACGAAAGAUGCUGAAAAAGACUCUCUCAGCCGUGGCCUGGCUCUGCAUUUUCAUCGUGGCCUUUGUCAGCCACCCAGUGUGGCCACAGAAGCCCCCUAAGCGCAAGACACCUGCAGAGCUCACACUGGCCUCCUGCUGUGAAGAGGUGAAGGAGCUCAAGGCCCAAAUUGCCAACCUAAGCAGUCUGCUGAGCGACCUGGGCAAGAAGCAGGAGAGGGACUGGGUCAGCGUGGUCAUGCAGGUGAUGGAGCUGGAGAGCACUUCCAAGCGCAUGGAGUCGCGGCUCACAGAUGCCGAGAGCAAGUUCUCUGAGAUGAACAACCAGAUCGACAUCAUGCAGCUGCAGGCAGCGCAGACUGUCACUCAGACCUCGGCAGAUGCCAUCUAUGACUGCUCGUCCCUGUACCAGAAGAACUACCGCAUCUCUGGAGUGUAUAAGCUUCCUCCCGAUGACUUCCUGGGCAGCCCUGAGCUGGAGGUGUUCUGUGACAUGGAGACUUCAGGUGGCGGCUGGACCACCAUUCAGAGACGAAAGAGUGGCCUUGUCUCCUUCUACCGGGACUGGAAGCAGUAUAAGCAGGGCUUUGGCAGCAUCCGUGGGGACUUCUGGUUGGGGAAUGAACACAUUCACCGGCUUUCCAGGCGGCCAACCCGGCUACGUGUGGAGAUGGAGGACUGGGAGGGCAACAAGCGCUACGCCGAGUACAGCCACUUCGUUUUGGGCAACGAGCUGAACAGUUACCGCCUCUUCCUGGGGAACUACAGUGGCAACGUGGGGAAUGACGCCCUCAUCUAUCAUAACAACACAGCCUUCAGCACCAAGGACAAGGACAAUGACAACUGCUUAGACAAGUGUGCCCAGCUCAGGAAAGGUGGGUACUGGUACAACUGCUGCACAGACUCCAACCUCAAUGGAGUUUACUACCGCCUCGGACAGCACAACAAGCACCUGGAUGGCAUCACCUGGUACGGCUGGCAUGGGGCCAGCUACUCCCUCAAACGGGUGGAGAUGAAAAUCCGUCCAGAAGACUUCCAGCCGUAAAAAGAAGCCUGCUGUGGAGCAGGGCUGGAGGAAUGGAGACAAACGGAGGCUGGGAAAGGGCAGGGAAGGAGAGGAAGGGGGUUGAGAAAGGGGAGGGACGGAAAAUGGCCUAUCAUCUCCAUCGGAGAGCAAGUCUCUCAGGAGGACAAAAAAAUGAUGCGCUAAGGAUGUUUCAGGAAGUGGGAGGAAGUAUUUAAACACAGUGGGUCCAGACACAUCCUCUCAGGGGCUGGCUGAGUGGGCUUUCUGCCUGUGAUCCCUGCACAGCAGCAGCCUCUCUUUCCCACAGGCUUUUUCUGUGAAAGAAAAAUACUUGUGAGAUCACUUUACCCAUUUUCUCUAGGGCCUAGGUUAUUUGAGGGCAGAAAAACAUCCCUUUGCUAAAAAGAACCAUAUUAUUUUGAUUCCCUUGGAUAUGAGAGAAAGGAGUGGAAGAGGGUGGUGGAGAAAGGGAGAUUCUAUUUUUAAAGCCAAUGAAAUUGCCUUCAGUCUAUACUUUUUUUAAAGACAAAAACUAUUCUGCUGGAGGUAAACGGACCCAGGUUGGAAGUGAUUGGAGGAAACUCUCCGGCACUAGGCCUUGCAAUUGGGCUCUGAGCGCCACCCCCCCCCCCAACUCCUCGGCCUCAAUAGGGUGCAGCGCUGAGCGGCAGGAAGUGGGUCUAGUGGAGGCAGCAGCUCCAACGGACGGUGAAGAUAACUCCCUUGUGGACGCUUGCACAAAACUGCCUUAAAAUAUUUAGUCAGUAUAGAUAUAUCUAUUUUUAUUUACUUUGUAAGAAAAGGGCUCAAAGAGCUUCCUCUUUUAUCUUGGCUACAAAAAAUGGCUGAAACAGGAAAGUAAAUGGCACUAUGGUUAAUAAUUCAUGCUGUACAUAAGCAUCCUGCUUGGUGAAAAUAAAAUA